AUGUCCAGUGACUCGUCGUACAGUAAUCACCUGGCCUUCGUCGACAUUAUCAACCUUCGACGCAACCUGCGCCGCCCGCCAUCCUCAUCAUUCAUCGUCCACCACCAAGCAUCCCUGUUGAAGACAAUUCACCUCACAUCAGGCAACAAAUCUACAUCCUCAGAGGUCCUGUGCCCGUUGCGCGAAAGUCCCGCUCUCACUGGUUUUCGAGAAGAACAGGGAACUUAUCCAAGAUUAACUAGAUUCCCGGAAACACAAUCUCCAGAAGUCCUCGAAAAACAUCUUGCUGAUUUUGUAUAUAAGCUCCAUAGCUACCAACAGAGUUGGGAAGGAAGUGGAAAACGUCAAUGUCCCGGUCCUCGGGACCAACCAGGGUUAGGGGAUCAGGACUCGAUGUCGCAGCGGCCUCCUGCGUCUCGUCCUGCAUCUCGCUCACCUACGGAUGGUCAGAGAAUAACACUACCAUCGGUUCAGGUUCGAGAUGGUCCUCAACAGGGGGGGCGACAGCCAGAAAGACAUCAUGUCGACCCACCAGGGGCUCGAGCAUUCCAGCCGCACUUGCAACCAUCACAUCAACAUGCUCGUAGCGCACCAACACCAAACGUAGAAGACUGGAGGUCUUCGGGGCCUUCAAGAGAUCUAGGGGUUCAUUCGAUUCUAAACCCCACAGAGCCUGAAAGCAGUGAAUCAGAUCGUCGAGUUAGUGGUACAAAUCUAGAUUCGCCCUUCCCAACAAGCACACUUCAUCCACAGUUCGGUGCAAGUCCUUCGAUUAAUACACCGCAUACAUUCCCUGGCCAGCAAACUCCAACGGACACUACCCAAGCAGUAGAAGGCUAUGGAUUGCGCAGAAUCUUGACCCCAAGAUCUCCAGCUCAGGCAACAGGUUCUGCACGAGGGCGUGGGCAAACUUAUGAUGCGCAGCUAUCACCUUUCCUGCCCUUGAGGGGACGGGCGUACAAUAUUGAGGCGAGAUCAGCGUCAGAUGGACAGCCGCCAGUACCAACGCCCCCAGCGCAAACACAGCAACAGCAACAUUAUGGAUUUCCACCCACAGCUUCGACGCCUGGGGCAGACCGACGCACCAGUAUGCCUUCGAUGCAAGCACCGCUUUCGCAAAGUGCGAGUCCCAGCAUGUCAGCAUCAUCACUAAAUCCCUCGAACCAAACGUCUCCAGCGUCUUUCAUGUACCACAAAGGUGGCCAAGCUCCGCCAACGACAUCUUCGUAUUUCCCAGGAUCAACGUUUGGCUCUUCAAUGCAGCAGCCCGCAGGAGGAAGCGGAAUGCAAGGGCUGCAAUACCAAAGGUCGUCUGGUACUACAGAAGGUCCGUACACUGCUCCCGCUCCUACAUCUUCACAACAAGAGGAAGGCAGCUCUCUUCACUCCAGCAGUGCAGGCAGCUCAAGGCAGGCGUCUGCCAGCGAUCCCAUCCAAGUCCUGACGAUUACUACGUCGUCAGGGCAGUAUCAGGUCCCAGUGGAUGUACGCCAAGCGUCGCGGUUAGCUGACGAGAAGCGUGCGCGCAACGCAGGAGCAUCGGCGCGAUUUCGACAACGUAGGAAAGAAAAGGAGAAAGAGGCCUCCACGAGCAUCGAGAAACUACAGCAGCAAAAUAGAGACUUGGAGCGCAGGGUGAGGGAGUCCGAUCAGGAACGAGACUUUUAUCGAGGGGAGAGGGACAGAUUUAGGGAAGUGGUGUUUAGAAACCCGGACACGAGACAUCUUGCCAUGCAGGCCCCACCAAGUCCACUUUCCAUCCGCUCAGCAACGUCUUUUCAAGGGCAGGGCCAACAAUUGGGAGGUCCCCCACCACAGACUCCCUACCAGCCUCCAGGACCUGAGAGAGCACCUAGACGAAGAAGAAUCGAUACUCAGGGCGAGUACAGUCCUUUACCCUACUCCCUCCCUCCGACUUCACUUCCCCCUGUUGCGGGUCCGGGGUUUCCCCCCGGCCCCUCACAAGGGGCCCAGAGCCUCCCACCUAUGCGGAGGGACGGCCCAGCUAUAUUGCCGACAUCAGUGCCGAACCAGCCUCCUGCAACAACAGGAGGCCCUCAGCCGCCAUUCGACCCGUAUGCCCGAGGCCCGUACGAGAGAGGCUGGCCUGGACCACCUAGUGACCAUUCGCGACGCUAA